CGCAGGCUCCCGUAGAAUCACUUCCGGUAGAGAAGAGAGAUAGGAAAACAUGGCGGCGGAACACGAAGCGGUGAUGGAUUUGAGUUCGCCUUCAAAAGAUGAGCGUUCCAGUCCAGGAGGAGCGCGUGAUCCUGAGAAGACGACGAGGAGCUCCAGUUCUUCAGAUGACAGCGACAGCGAUGGAGACGAGCACAUGGGAAGGAGGGACGGAGAACGGCGUAGUCCUUCUCCAGAGAGAAGAAGAGACGGCGCAGAUGAACAAGCGGAUCAAGACGCAUCACCGAGACGGUCGUCCAGGUCCAGCGGCUCAGACGGUGGCAGCAGCAGCAGUGAGGAGGACAGCGACGAUGGUGUGAUGCACAAACUGAAGAGCAGCGUGGCACACAUCAGGCGUGAUGCUCAGGACGAGAGCAGCAGAGCCAGACGCAGGAGUUCCUCUACGGACAGGAAAGGCAGUGGAAGGUCGUAUUCCCGCUCUUGCUCCAGAUCUCCGUCUCCACAGAGACGCACAGACCGAGCCCGCAGGUCUCGAGAUCGUGAUGGAGACCGGCGUUCCGAUCGGCGCUCCAGCCGUGAGCGAGAUGGAGCUCGAGAGAGGUUCAGGUCCAGAAGGGAAAGAUCUGCGUCUCCAUCACAGAGAGAGAAACCCCCUGCUGAUGAGCCUCCAGUUAAGAAGAGGAAGGAGGAGCUGGACCCCAUCCUGACCCGCACCGGAGGAGCGUACAUCCCCCCGGCCAAGCUGCGCAUGAUGCAGGCCCAAAUCACCGACAAGAGCAGUCUGGCGUACCAGAGGAUGAGCUGGGAAGCGCUGAAGAAGUCCAUCAACGGUCUCAUCAACAAAGUAAACGUGUCCAACAUCGGCAACAUCAUCCAGGAGCUGCUGCAGGAGAACAUCGUCCGCGGCAGAGGUCUGCUGGCGAGGUCCGUGCUUCAGGCUCAGGGCGCCUCUCCUAUCUUUACCCACGUCUAUGCCGCCGUGGUGGCCAUCAUCAACUCCAAAUUCCCGCAGAUCGGAGAGCUCAUCCUCAAGAGGCUCAUCCUCAACUUCCGCAAAGGCUACAGACGAAACGACAAACAACAAUGUCUCACAGCCUCUAAGUUUGUGGCUCACCUCAUCAAUCAGAACGUGGCUCAUGAAGUGCUGUGUUUGGAGAUGCUGACUCUGCUCUUGGAGCGUCCCACUGAUGACAGCGUGGAGGUGUCCAUCAGCUUCCUGAAGGAGUGCGGCCUGAAACUCUCAGAGGUUUCCCCCCGUGGCAUUAAUGCCAUCUUUGAGCGCUUGAGGAACAUCCUGCACGAGUCAGAGGUCGAUAAGCGUGUGCAGUACAUGAUUGAGGUGAUGUUUGCUAUCAGGAAGGAUGGCUUUAAGGACCAUCCCAUAAUUCCAGAAGGCCUGGACCUGGUGGAGGAAGAGGACCAGUUCACUCACAUGCUUCCUCUGGAGGAUGACUACAACACGGAGGACGUGCUCAAUGUCUUCAAGAUGGAUCCUGACUUCGUGGAGAAUGAAGAGAAGUACAAGGCGAUUAAGAAGGAAAUUCUGGACGAGGGCAGCAGCGACUCGGGCGACGAUGCAGAAGGCAGCGACGAAGAGGAUGCCGAGGAGGAAGACGAAGAUGCAGAAGCCGGAGAAGAUGAAGACAAAGUCACCAUUUUCGACAAGACGGAGGUGAACCUGGUAUCGUUUCGCCGCACCAUUUAUCUGGCCAUUCAGUCAAGCUUGGACUUUGAGGAAUGCGCUCACAAGCUGAUCAAGAUGGAUUUCCCGGAGAGCCAGACGAAGGAGCUGUGUAACAUGAUCCUGGACUGCUGCGCCCAGCAGAGAACCUACGAGAAGUUCUUUGGUCUUCUGGCUGGGAGGUUCUGCUUGUUGAAGAAGGACUACAUGGAGAGCUUCGAGGCCAUCUUCCAGGAGCAGUACGACACCAUUCACAGGCUGGAGACCAACAAGCUGCGCAACGUGGCUAGAAUGUUCGCGCACCUCCUCUAUACAGACUCCGUCCCGUGGAGCGUUCUAGAGUGCAUGCGAAUGAGCGAGGAGACGACGACGUCCUCCAGUCGUAUUUUCGUCAAGAUCCUCUUCCAGGAGCUGUGCGCUUACAUGGGGCUUCCGAAGCUCAACGAGAGACUCAAGGACACGACCCUGCAGCCGUUCUUCGAAGGCCUGUUCCCUCGCGACAACCCGAGGAACACGAGAUUCGCCAUCAAUUUCUUCACCUCCAUCGGCCUGGGCGGACUCACAGAUGAGUUAAGAGAGCAUCUGAAGAAUGCCCCUAAGAUGAUCAUGACCCAGAACCAGGAUGUCGAGUCAUCUGACUCUUCCUCCUCCUCCUCGUCCUCAUCAUCAGAUUCCUCAUCCUCGGGCAGUGACAGCAGUGACUCGGAUUCCUCCAGUGACUCAGACUCCAGCAGUUCCGGAUCUUCAGGAAAGCCAUACCGUGGAGAGCGUGCAGCGAAAGUUGCUCUUAAUGUGCGAGAGCGCGGGAGAAGGGUCUCGCCUGACGUACGAGGGAGAAGAGACUCCCCCGGUGUGAGAGAGCGCAGGCGAAGUGGCACUCCUGUUGCGCGAGAACGCUUGCGAAAGGACUCUCCUGUUGCGCGCGAACGCUUGCGAAAGGACUCUCCUGUUGCGCGCGAACGCUUGCGAAAGGACUCUCCUGUUGCGCGAGAACGCUUGCGAAAGGACUCUCCUGUUGCACGAGAACGCUUGCGAAAGGACUCUCCUGUUGCGCGCGAACGCUUGCGAAAGGACUCUCCUGUUGCGCGGGACCGCUUGCGAAAGGACUCUCCUGUUGCGCGGGACCGCUUGCGAAAGGACUCUCCUGUUGCGCGGGACCGCUUGCGAAAGGACUCUCCUGUUGCGCGGGACCGCUUGCGAAAGGACUCUCCUGUUGCGCGAGAACGCUUGCGAAAGGACUCUCCUGACCGGGGAGAACGCAAGGACCGGCAGUACAAAAACAGAGAGACCGAGGACUCGCGCAAAAACAAGGACACCAGAAGUGACUCGCAGAGAGACCGAGAUUGCCGACGCAGCCGAGUGAAAGCGAGGUCAAAGUCAAAAUCGCCUGAGAGAAGCAGCAAGGACGUUUCCUCCAAAGAUUCGUACAGGAACGGAGUGGAGCGGGAGGACAAGGAGAGCCGGUACAGAGGCUCCAGGAGGAGAGAGGACAGGAGUGUAGAGAGAUCACCCAGGCGACACAGAUAGCCCACGGCACGAGAAAAAUCAGAAUUAUUACGUCGCAACCUUAACUUUGGACCACGAAAUGCAGUGUCUCUUCGCAAAGUAGCAGUGCAUUGUGGGAAAUACGGAUGGUUUUAGAUUCCCACUGGACUGUAGAAAUGGGAGGAAAGUGUUUGUUUGUAACCUGGAGGACAUUUUGUAUUUUGAGUUCCCUAAAAAUGUUUUGUGUUUAUAUGACCAUUAAAAUAAUCGAUCAAACGACUAGCUUCCGUCUUCAAUUUGAAACGUGCACUGGAUUCGUUAAUAUGUCGAGUCUCACCAGCAACGUUUACACGUAGAGCAGAAUAAACAGCAAACGAUCACGUCCUUGCACACGUCCUUGCUGGGGUUUACCUAUAGGCUACCUGCAAAAUAUGAAACCAAUUUAAAGAUUUAUGAAUGAGCUAAACCUGCAACUUGGGUAACUUUUGGGGAGUUAGAUUCCACACGUAAAGGUUUCACGUUCCAUCGAAUGUGGGUAUGAACAUAAAUACGAGCGCACAAACCAUUCAGUGAGCCCUCGAUCCCUGCAGAUGGGGGCGGCGCCAUCCGGGAAAAGACCACACCCACCAAGACGGAAACAUUUCAAUAAAAGAUAACGGUGAGUCAGUUUAUAGAGUACUGAUUUCUGAGGACUCGUCCAUCUAAAGGGUCACGUGGAGCCAAACCUUGCCGGUGAAAUAAAUAAAUGCCCCCUACAGUACAACAGAGCGGGCAGUUACAUCCUUAAAUGCUUCAUUUUAUUGCACAUUUUACAUGAUUGACACGUUGAAGUGUCAAUCCUGUCCUUUUUCAUUCGUUUGUUUGGAAUUUUUCUUAUUUAAAAAAAAAUAAAUAAAUACAUCAUCCUGAACGAGACAGACUUAAUUCCAUAAUUGCAGAAGGUUGUAAUUUUCCGUUAAAUAUCGGUUUGUUUAUUCGCUUGCUUUGUGACAGGAAAUGUAACGUUCAGCCUGCCAGACAGCCCGUCUCUCCUUUUCUUAUUCAUUCUGUAAAGAAAACGACACACAAACCGACGCUGUCGCUUCUAAUCUGACGAGCGCUGACGCUGAUGUGUCCUUUCUGCCCUCCAGGAGCUCGGAAAGAACGCCGCCAUUCUUUAAUAAAGCCCUCGUUCACUUCUCGGAGGGUAAACGGUGAACGCCUAUCCUAGAAACGCGUCCUGCCUUUGUAGUCGGCUGUAGAUUGUCCUUUGUGAUCACGCAGCAGCCGAUCACCGGCUAGUUAGAGUGCUGGAUGUGGAUAAGAGAGCAGAGGCACUGUGGAUUGAUGGGUAGUCAGGUAAAUAGACUUCAUUGAACCAGUGGAAGUCGUUUUCAGUGUCCCUAUUUGGUUUCAGAGUUUAUGACAGUAAAUACUGCAGAUGAAAAGGUUCCUCUGUUUUGUUUUUUUUUCUUUUUUUCUUUUUCCUUUUACGCCGUACCAGCGUCUGCCUCGUUUUUAGAGCUCCGACAAAAUUCAAAGAUAAAUUGAGGAGUAGACGCUCUUGAUGUCCAUGGUGAAAUUUGUGUGCAAUACGGAGUAUAAAGUGCAUAAAAUAAGUGUAACGUGUGCCAGCAGGAAAAUAAGAAUGAUCGCCUACUCGAGUCAUUCACUUAACGGAGGGAAUUAUGGGUAAACAGACGUGAUUGAUCCUCCAAGGAGACAUAAACCUGUACACCGUAAACGACGUGUGCUGGAGCCAAUUGGAAAGGAUGGUGAGAUGGGAGAUCAGUGGAUAGUUGGAUGUAUGUGAGAGAGGGUGAUUUAUUUAUUUAUUUUUAAAUGAUCGAUAUGAGAAUGAUGGGUAAAUUGGGAAUAGAUGGAUGGAGGAGUUGGUGAUGAAUAGAUGUAAUGCUGGAUAGAUGGAGGAAGGAAUAGGAAGCAGGAUUUCUGUUCCAUGGAUCAGAUGAAUCAGGAUGAUAAAUGGAUGGAAGGAGGAAUUAAUGGAAGAGUGCAUGAUGGUUUGAAGUAUGAGAAUGGGGGGAGGAUGGAUGGAAGAGUGGAUGAUGAAUGGAGGGAUGACCAGGAGAAUAGGUGAUAAGUGGAAGAGUUGUCAGAGGAUGGUAAAUGGAAGGAAGGACGGAUGAAUGGGAAUGUUUACAAUAAAUGAAUAGGUGGAUGGAAUAGAGCACAAGAAAUUAAUAAAUGUAUUUAAGAGUUUACGAUAAAAUCAACUGGAAGAGUUCGUGUUAAUUUAAUUGACGGAUAGAUGAGAGUUUAGGAUAAAUGAAUAGAUGGAUUGAAGAGGUUAUGAUAAUUGGUAGAUGGAAAUGGAAUAAUGGAGUCAUUUGUAGCUGCAACGUUACACUGAAUAUAAAUGAAACAUGUAACAUAAAAUGGAAACUUUUUUUGUGUGUAAUUGAUCAUCUGUAUAGAAAUGUUACCUACCGAGAAGUGUUUGACACACUGGUUAGGAAGCUCUUGGUAGUUGGGCUGAUCUCUGCAUUGCUAUCUCACUAAUGGAUGCAGGAUAAUGAUGUAGUCUGAUCUCUUCUACCCCUUGGAGGUCUGUGCUGACCUAAGCCACAAUUUAUGCACAUGUCCUACCCUUAACAAGGUGGUUUUUAUUCAUCAUGGAGACCGAUGUCAUGCUCCCAGUUCACACUGAUUUAUUUGAGCAUUUUCAGAACACUUAUUUGAAUGUUGAGAGCCCAAGCUUGUCGUAACAGCAGCUAGCUAAUGCUCACUUGUGUAGUGUCCAUUGUACAGAUGUGCAAAUUGUAUACACACGUACCGUUCAUGACGAAUCACUAAAUCCGUCUGUUAAAAAGGCACUACGAGCAAAUUGUAAUCUUUUAGUCAAAUGUGUUAAUUAAAUAAGGAGUAAAACACUUGAGGCCAUGCAGUUAGAGGAAAAUAAUCCACGACGGCGCGGUGGAGAUGCUGUUACACCAUAGCAAAGCUGCUAGUCGGUGUCCAUUUUAUUUACAGUAUUUAUUUGUUGAAUUGUGUUGCAACGCGUGUUUGAGCAGUUUAUGUACAUUUGGGCAGGAGCUUGAGACGUAUGUUUUCGUUUACCUAGAAUAGACUGGUAGAGUGGAGAAUAUAUGGAAGAUUUGUGGAAAGACGGAUGGAUUGGAGAAUAAAACUGUGACUGGAUGGAUGGAUGGGAGCGCGAAUGAUGGAUGGGUGGAUGGACUAUAAAUUGAGAAUGGAGCUGGAUGGAUGGGAAAGUAGAACAUAAAGUACAACGCUGAACAUGAAAUGUAUGGGAUGGAUGUGAGUGCGAGACGAAUGGCAGGAUGGUUUGGUGGGAGAAUGGAUGAAAAUGGAUAGGGUAGAAAAUUGAUGGCUGGGAGAAUGGAUCAUAAAUUGAUAGAGCAAAGAUCAGUGGGUUGAUAAACUGAAGACUGAGUAGAUGGGUGAAUGGGUAAAAGAAUGAAGGAGUUGAAGGAAGGAUGUCUAGAUGAAUAGAAGGAUGUGACUGGAUGGAUGUAACAGUGGAAUUUAUAAUGGGUAGAAGGAUGGAGUUUUCAGUAUAUAAGUAGUUAAAGGUGAAAGGGUAGACGGAUGAUAAACUGAUAGAACGGAAUACAGGAUCGACGGAUGAUAAACUGAUUGAAAACAACGAUGGAAUGACGGGGAAAACCCGUCAAAACAAAGUAUGGAUAGAUGAUA